UCUCGCGGUAAUACGUUCGUCUUCCUCUUUCACUCACUAUAGCCAACAUGGCAGUCGGCAAGAAUAAGAGGCUGACCAAAGGCGGCAAGAAAGGUGCCAAAAAGAAGAUUGUUGACCCUUUCUCCAAGAAGGACUGGUAUGAUGUCAAAGCACCAGCCAUGUUCAACAUCCGCAAUAUUGGCAAGACCUUGGUCACCAGGACUCAGGGAACCCGUAUCGCCUCUGAUGGUCUGAAGGGUCGUGUGUUCGAAGUGAGCCUCGCUGAUCUGCAGAACGAUGAGGUUGCUUUCCGCAAGUUCAAGCUCAUCACAGAGGAUGUCCAGGGUAAGAACUGCCUGACCAACUUCCAUGGUAUGGACCUCACCAGAGACAAGAUGUGCUCCAUGGUCAAGAAAUGGCAGACCAUGAUCGAGGCCCAUGUGGACGUGAAGACCACCGAUGGCUACAUUCUGCGUCUGUUCUGUGUUGGCUUCACCAAGAAGCGCACCAACCAGAUCAGGAAGACCUCAUACGCCCAGCACCAACAGGUCCGUCAGAUCCGUAAGAAGAUGAUGGAGAUCAUGAGUCGUGAGGUCCAGACCAACGACCUGAAGGAAGUCGUAAACAAGCUGAUCCCAGACAGUGUUGGCAAGGACAUUGAGAAGGCAUGCCAGUCCAUCUAUCCCCUGCACGACGUCUACGUCAGGAAGGUCAAAAUGCUCAAGAAGCCAAAGUUUGAGUUGGGAAAACUCAUGGAGCUUCACGGAGAGGGCGGUGGUGGCACUACAGUCAAGGCAUCUGGAGACGACACUGGGGCCAAGGUGGAGAGGGCUGAUGGCUACGAGCCUCCCAUCCAGGAGUCCGUCUAGAAUCACCCGAUGACAGAUUUAAUAAAAAAUGUAAAUGAGACUAAA